AUGCUGCCUGCGUGGUCAAAUUUCAUCCCAGAAUCCGGUUCAAAGGGCACCGUUGACUUUAACGAGAUGGUUAUCAACUCUGGAACUGACUCUCUCUCAUAUCCCGCUCCUGCUCAGCCAGAAGCUGAGGAGAAGCCGACGAGGCAGAUCCCGGUGACACUCCUUUCAGGAUUCCUGGGUAGUGGCAAAACAACACUCCUCGAGCAUAUCUUACAAUCUCCGGACCAUGGACUGCGCAUUGCGGUUGUGGUUAAUGACAUGAGCAAGCUGAACAUUGAUGCUGCUUUGAUCACUCAUCACAGGGUGUCCCAGACAAAGGAAAAGCUCAUCCAGCUCCAAAAUGGAUGUAUCUGCUGCACACUACGUGGGGACCUGCUCUCGGAGCUGGCUCAUCUCGCGCGCCAAAAGGAAGUGCAGUAUGUUGUCAUUGAGAGCACGGGAAUUAGUGAGCCGAUGCAAGUAGCGGAAACGUUCACGGCCGAGUUCAGCAGUGCAAUGCUGCAGGCGGAUCAGGAGAUGCUGGUGGAUGAGGAUAGCCGCAAGGUCCUGACAGAGAUCGUCAAUCUAGGAGGCCUUCACACGCUGGCGAGACUCGACACCACGGUGACUGUUGUCGAUGCAUUCAAUCUUCUUUCCAACUUUGACACCGCCGAGUUCUUGUCAGAUCGAUAUGGAUCCAAGGACAUUAUCCCAGAGGAUGAGCGUACCAUCUCCGACCUCAUGGUGGACCAGAUCGAGUUCGCAGAUGUUCUCAUCAUCAACAAGAUCGAGACCGUGGAUGAAAAUACCCGAGCAAGAAUCAGAAGAUUGUUGAAGACACUCAACCCCGAGGCCAAAGUUCUGGAAACGAGUUACUCUCGUGUUGAUGUGAAAGAGAUUUUGGACACGGGAAGAGAAUGGCUCCGAAGCCGGAGACCUUGGAGUUUGUCUCCCCUGCCCUCCAUCCAACAUCAGGGAAGGUAUGGGAUCAACAACUUUGUGUAUACCGCUCGUCGGCCCUUCCAUCCUCGUCGACUCUUCACCCUUCUUCAUGAUAAAUUUAUCCUGCUGCAAAACAACGAAGCCGAUGAAGGUGACGAGGACGAGGAUGAGAAAGAAGCUGCAGACGAAGGAGAAGAAGAAGGUGAAGAAGAAGACGAUCAUAUGGAAAUGGACGAAGACGAAGACGAAAACGACGGCGAUGACGAUGAUGAUGACGAAAGCAUCUCCGACUUUGAGCAGCCAGAUCCGUCCGAGAUCCUGAAGAACAAGCGCAACCAUCCCGCGUUCAGCUCCAUUUUGCGCUCCAAAGGUUUCUUCUGGCUCGCUACACGGCCAUUCCAGUUUGGAGAAUGGAGUCAAGCGGGUGGCAUGCUAACGAUGGGAUGCGGCGGCCCAUGGUUCGCAGAAGUGCCAGACGAGGCGUGGCCUGAGGAUCCUGACGUCCGGAAAUCCAUUGAGAAUGAUUUUCGAGAGCCACCAUUGGGAGACCGAAGACAAGAAAUUGUAUUCAUUGGUGAGGGAAUUAACACAGAAUUGAUAACAAAGUUGCUGGAUGAGUGUCUCGUGGAUGACGAUGACAUGAGCCGGUGGACAAAGAUCAUGAACAACAAGAGGCUAUCUUACCGGCAAAAAGAGGAGAAGCUGGGAAAGCUGUGGGAAGAUGGCUGGGAGGCAUGGCCUGAGUUUGGUAUUGUAGAUGAAGACGAGGAAGACAACAACGAGGGAGGGAAGAAGAAGCACAAACACUACACCAGCGAGUAUCAGGGACGUGUCCACUCCCACUCCCACAAAUAA